AUGCCAAUACCAUGGGAGAGGUACCUGCCAGGCGGCUUUUAUCACCAGCAAGCGGCUCUAUCGCCUAUAGAGGAAGUCUGCGAAAGCCCAUUCGCUCGACCAGCGGCUGCGCUCCGUCAAAAUCUGAACAACAAUGCGAACAACGGCUGGUCCAACGACACUUCUUACUUUCCAAGGCCCUCAGUGUCGCACAUGGCUGGUUUUCCUGGCACGUACGAAAGACAUAGCGGUCUUCGCGAUUCGUCCGGCUCGGUCCAAACCAGCAGUUCGGUUUCCUUGGCCAACGAAAGACGCGAUUCUCAAAACCUCGACUCCGAAAAAGAGGCAGCAAAGCUCGCUAAUGGAGCCGAGGAAUAUGAGCACGAUGCUCGUGGAUCAGGGGGUGCUCAGAGAACGGGUUCCGCCGCUCAUCGAUCUGAGGCUCCAAAUUUUUCGUUACCUGAUCGUGGCUUGACAAGGCCGUUCUUUCCCAGCCGCUUGGGCAACAACAAGGUUGAAACUAUAGACACGGCAUACAGUGUCCGUGAUAGGCGUCGGGGCGGCACCACAAUGUCGGCACACUGGCGAAACUUCUCUUUACCUUCGAAUGCGGUCAUCCGGAGGUCUGGCAUAGACGUCUGA